AAGCUGCCCUUAACCACCCAGCCGGCCGGCCGGAAACGACCAGGCCGGAUCAAGUGGCCGGGCCACGCACUGUGCCCGAAUAAAUCUCCGAGCUGAGGCCGCAGUAGCUGGCGCGCUCCACACGGAAGGAUCGAGCACGCGCGCGAGAGCGAGAGAUCCCUUCCCUCCCCCGGACUCCACUCCUCCUGCGUCCUCCUUCCUCCACCUAGCUCUGGCUUCCCCUUCACCCCAAAGACACCAACCAGUGUCAGGAGGAGGAGGAGGAGGAGCUGGGCGUCAGGAGCCAGGGAAUCUGGACUGGAGAGGGAGAAGAAAGGUGGAGCCUUGCUCUUGACAAAAGUGAGAGCAACUGCUUGCAGGAGGAGGAGGGACCAUUUGUUGGCGCUUGGAGUUCUUGGGCAGCGAUCAUGAGGUUCCAGAGAGGGAGAAGCAGUAGGGCCCUGAGCCGGCUGAGGUGAGAGGUAGAGAGAGAUAGCCCUCGGUCGUAGGGAGAGAAUCAGAGAGUGAUUGGGAAGGGGAGAGACAGAGAGAGGGAAGAUGAGCUUCAACAAGAGCAGGGGAGGUGGGAACGGCGGCGGCGGAGGAGACGAGCUGGUGCUGAGAGGCUCCAUCUCCAAGAAGUGGACCUUCCUCCUCUGCCUCGGCAGCUUCUGCAUCGGCCUCCUCUUCACCAACAGGAUGUGGACAAUGCCGGAGCCGAAAGAGAUCAUCAGGAGGUCGACACUCGAAGUGGAGAAGAUGAAUCUUGUCGCCGGUGACUGUGCUCCGAAUAGUAUCGGCGAUGCAAAACAUGUUCCUGGAGAGGUUCCAAGAACCCAAGAUGUUAUACAGACACUGGACAAAACAAUAUCAAACCUAGAAAUGGAGCUGGCAUCUGCAAAGGCGACGCAGGAAUCCAUGCUCAAUGUCGCCCCAACACCCGAGUCGACAGGGAAACGGAAAUACUUCAUGGUCAUUGGCAUAAACACCGCGUUCAGCAGUCGGAAACGAAGAGAUUCAGUCCGUGCUACAUGGAUGCCUCAAGGUGAGAAAAGAAGAAAGAUGGAGGAAGAGAAGGGCAUCAUCAUUCGGUUUGUCAUCGGUCAUAGUGCAACUUCUGGCGGUAUACUUGAUCGAGCAAUUGACGCCGAGGACAGGAAACAUGGGGACUUCAUGAGGCUGGAUCAUGUCGAAGGGUACCUGGAGCUUGCAGCGAAGACCAAAGCGUACUUCGUCGCAGCCGUAUCCAUGUGGGAUGCAGAGUACUACAUCAAGGUCGACGACGACGUACAUGUAAAUAUAGCAACUCUUGGAAACACGUUGUCAAGGCAUCGUUCGAAGCCUAGAGUCUACGUCGGCUGCAUGAAAUCUGGCCCAGUGCUGGCUCAGAAGGGUGUUAGAUACCAUGAGCCUGAAUACUGGAAAUUUGGCGAAUGGGGAAACAAGUACUUCCGACACGCGACCGGUCAGCUCUACGCCAUCUCCAAGGAUCUGGCCUCCUACAUAGCUCUCAACCAGCACGUUCUGCACAAAUAUGCCAAUGAGGACGUAUCGCUGGGAGCCUGGUUCAUCGGCCUCGACGUUGAACACGUCGACGAUCGCCGUCUCUGCUGCGGCACGCCACCGGAUUGCGAGUGGAAGGCGCAGGCAGGCAACGUAUGCGUUGCGUCAUUCGACUGGAGCUGCAGCGGCAUCUGCAAAUCUGCCGACCGGAUCAAGGAAGUCCAUCAGCGCUGCGGUGAGAGUGAGAAUGCGAUAUGGAAUGCAAAGUUCUAAACCCAAGAUCGUCCAAAGAAACUACACUCUUUUUACAAGGAAUGCACAUAUACAGACAUAUAGAAACCCAUGGCUGAACAGAGUGUGACACCGAAGAUGGUGACCAAGGGAUCUCUGUUUUGCAUGUUGACAGCCAGUAUGAAGAGAGCUUGAGAUUCAGAGAAGAAUGUACACUCAAGUGUGCAUCCAUUAUGGUGGGCAGGAGGGGUAUUUCUUUUAUUUUCCUUUUUGGGGUGUUUUGGCUUAGGAAUUGGAUUAUUGUAAGGGAACUUUUCUGUUUUGGUGCUCGAAAAGAUCCCGGGUUUACUCAUAAAGAGAAGGUAGGAGAGGAGAGGAGAGGAGGAUGGGGAAGAGAGUGAAAGGAGAGGGAGACAUGGCUUCUCCCCCCACCAUUCUUGGAAAGAUCCUCAUCGCUGUUACUGUUUGCUUCCAAAUAACGUAAUAAAACUUCUUCUCCAAUUUACUUUA